UUUGGGAGAACGGAAGUGAUUGACAACACUCUGGAUCCAGACUUUGUCAGGAAGUACAUCUUGGACUACUUCUUUGAAGAGAAGCAGAAUCUACGCUUUGACGUAUAUGACAUUGAUUCCAAGAGUCCAGAUCUGGCAAAGCAUGACUUCUUGGGGCAGGUGUUCUGUACCUUGGGAGAGAUCGUAGGAUCGCCUGCCAGUCGACUGGAGAAACCUCUGGGUGGUAUCCUUGAGAAGAAAUGUGGCACCAUCAUCCUGUCAGCCGAGGAGUUGGGGAACUGCAGAGAAGUUGCCACCAUGCAGUUCUGUGCCCACAAGUUGGACAAGAAGGACUUCUUUGGGAAGUCAGACCCCUUUAUGGUGUUCUAUAGGAGUAAUGAAGAUGGGACGUUUACUAUUUGCCAUAAGACAGAGGUCGUGAAGAACACUUUGAACCCAGUUUGGCAGGCCAUCUCCAUCCCUGUCAGAGCACUCUGCAAUGGAGACUUCGAUAGGACAAUCAAGGCAGAGGUGUACGACUGGGACAGAGAUGGAAGCCAUGACUUCAUCGGUGAAUUCACCACCAGCUACCGAGACCUGUCCCGGGGCCAGAGCCAGUUCAAUGUGUACGAGGUGGUGAACGCCAAGAAGAAGAUCAAGAAGAAGAGAUACAUCAACUCUGGGACGGUGACUUUGCUGUCGUUCACGGUGGAGUCAGAACAUACGUUCCUGGAUUACAUCAAAGGAGGAACCCAGAUUCACUUCACGGUGGCCAUUGAUUUCACUGCAUCCAAUGGUAACCCGUCCCAGUCCACCUCUCUCCACUACAUGAACCCGUACCAGAUGAAUGCAUAUGCCAUGGCCCUGAAGGCUGUAGGGGAGAUCAUUCAGGACUAUGACAGUGACAAGAUGUUCCCUGCUCUGGGGUUCGGAGCCAAGCUGCCCCCUGAUGGACAAGUCUCCCAUGAGUUCCCCUUGAAUGGCAACAUAGAGAACCCUUACUGCAACGGAAUGGGGGGGAUUCUAGAAGCAUACCAUCAGAGUCUGAAGACUGUACAACUCUACGGACCAACCAACUUUGCUCCGGUCGUCAACCACGUAGCCAAGUACGCAGCGGCUGUACAAGACGGUUCUCAGUACUUUGUCCUGCUCAUCAUCACAGACGGUGUCAUAUCAGACAUGGCCCAGACCAAGGAGGCCAUCGUCAACGCCGCUAAGCUUCCAAUGUCUAUCAUCAUUGUUGGAGUCGGCCAAGCUGAGUUUGAUGCCAUGGUGGAGCUUGACGGUGAUGACAUCAGAAUCUCCUCGCGAGGGAAGCUGGCAGAGAGAGACAUUGUACAGUUUGUUCCGUUCAGAGACUACAUGGACCGGACAGGAAACCACGUGUUGAGUAUGGCCCGGCUAGCCAAAGACGUCCUGGCUGAGAUCCCUGAACAGCUCAUCCUCUACAUGAAGAGUAGAGGUAUCAAACCCUGCCUCCUGCCUCCACUCAAUGAGGAACCAGGCCGUGAAGACCAGGACCACGCCCAGACCACCCCUGUCUGAGCCCCAGACCUACCCCCAUCUGAGGUGCCAACCCUGGGGAAGGAGGUCGCGGUAGGAUGGGUGGUGGACCCCCUCAUGGAGGGAUGCAAAACGUAAAUGUGAAAAUGCUUCAAGGCAUGCUGAACAAAUUGAUAAGACUCCAUUUUGUUUGGAGCGAGACUGCUUUGAUGGAAAAAGCUGAAGAUCAUGGAGUUUUCCUUUUGAGUUUCAUCUCCCGACGGGAGGGCGAAGAGGGGGAUGAGAAUUGGAGAGUCACAGAGGAGGUGAAGAGAGGAGAUAAACAGAGCAGUGAUGUAAAACGAAUGUUAGAUGUUAGCAGUCAGAGCUGUCAAAGUGGUGAUGUAACAGGUAGCAUGCCUUAGAUGGAGAGGGUGUUUUUGAGGACAUAAAUUAUUAGAAUGUGCCAGUUUGUAUCACGUUUGU